UCUUGUUCCCGCAUCGUAUUCUUGAAAAUGCAAAACCUGAAGAAGAUAAUCGCGCUCCAUCUCCGACAAGACGACAUUAACAUUCUCAAAACUCUGAACUCAACUCACUGACACUACCCAUUACAUCAAAACCUCACCAUUUUGGAAUGAUCCAUGCUAUGCCCAAGUGCUCCACAACAAACCUUCUCAAACAUCUUCCAACAACACUCCAUCGCUAUUUCUCCCUAACCCUAGCAUUCCCCUUUCACUCUUUCUCUACCCAUGGCCCUCAGCCUCACCCUUCGGCUGAAAUCUUCAAAUCAGGUACCAAAAUGGGUUCUUACAAAUUGGGUGAUUUGUCUUUCUAUUCCCUCAUUCAGAACCACGCCUCUACCCUCGAUUUUGGGUCCCUGGAAGUGGUCCUUGAUCAAAUGAAGCGCGAAAGAAGGGCUUUUCUAGAGAAUAAUUUCAUUGUUAUGUUCAAAGCUUAUGGGAAGGCUCAUUUGCCUGAGAAAGCUGUGGACUUGUUCCUCAGAAUGAGGGGUGAGUUUCAGUGUAAACAAACAGUGAAAUCAUUCAAUUCGGUUCUCAAUGUGGUUAUUCAAGAGGGUCUUUUCAAUCGUGCCUUGGAGUUUUACUCACAUGUUGUUGCUUCCAAGAAUUUCAACAUACACCCAAAUGCACUCACUUUUAACUUGGUCAUUAAGGCCAUGUGUAGGCUUGGUUUGGUUGAUCAAGCAGUUGAGGUUUUUAGAGAGAUUCCGCUAAGGAAUUGUGCUCCCGAUUUAUACACGUAUUCUACCUUGAUGCAUGGGUUGUGUCAGGAGGGUAGAAUCGACGAGGCGAUUUCGUUGUUGGAUGAAAUGCAAGUUGAGGGCACCUUCCCUAACCCCGUUGCGUUUAAUGUGUUGAUCAGUGCAUUGUGCAAGAACGGUGACUUGGCACGUGCGGCUAAGCUUGUUGAUAAUAUGUUUCUCAAGGGUUGUGUCCCGAAUGAAGUGACCUAUAAUGCACUUGUUCAUGGCUUGUGCCUCAAGGGAAAGUUGGAGAAAGCGGUGAGUAUGUUGAAUAAGAUGGUGAUGAGUAAAUGUGUGCCUAAUGAUGUUACUUUUGGAACACUUAUUAAUGGGUUUGUUAAACAAGGUAGAGCCUCUGAUGGGGCUCGAGUUUUGGUCUCCUUGGAAGAGAGAGGCCAUCGUGGGAACGAAUUUGUGUACUCGUCCCUUAUCAGUGGCCUGUGCAAGGAGGGAAAAUUCAAUCAUGCAAUGCAGUUGUGGAAGGAAAUGGUUGGAAAGGGAUGUGAACCAAAUACUAUAGUUUAUAGUGCCCUUAUUGAUGGGCUUUGCCGAGAAGGGAAAUUAGAUGAAGCAAGGGAGAUCUUAUCUGAAAUGAAAAGUAAAGGUUACUUGCCCAAUUCCUUCACUUACAGUUCCCUCAUGAGGGGUUAUUUUAAAGCAGGCAUUAGCCAUAAAGCUAUUCUUGUUUGGAAAGAGAUGGCAACCAAUAAUUGUAAUCAUAAUGAGGUUUGUUACAGUAUACUCAUUAAUGGCUUGUGCAAGGAUGGGAAGGUUAAGGAGGCUUUAAUGGUGUGGAAGCAAAUGCUGAGUAGAGGAAUUAAAUUAGAUGUUGUGGCUUACAGCUCAAUGAUUCAUUGCUUCUGUAAUGCUAACUUAAUGGAACAGGGCUUGAAACUUUUCAAUCAGAUGCUUUGUCAGGGGCCGGAGGUACAGCCGGAUGUGAUAACGUAUAACAUAAUUUUAAAUGCUUUUUGCAUGCAUAAUAACAUCUCUCGAGCCAUUGAUAUUCUAAAUAUUAUGCUAGAUCAAGGUUGUGAUCCUGAUUUUAUUACGUGCGACGUUUUCUUGAAAACUUUAAGAGAAAAUGUGAAUCCACCUCAAGAUGGUAGGGAUUUUCUAGAUGAGCUUGUAGUAAGGCUAGUUAAGCGACAGAGAACAAUAGGUGCUUCCAAAAUCAUCGAAGUGAUGCUGCAUAAAUUUUUGCUGCCAAAAGCUUCUACAUGGGCAAUGGUUGUUCAACAGCUCUGCAAACCUAAAAAUGUUCGAAAAGUCAUCAGUGAAUGUUGGAGCAAGCUAAGUUGCUGAAAUCUGGUUUGCGUGAGGGAAAUCUAAUUCUGCUCAAAACAAAUAUGCAAUGUCUAUGGCCCUUCAUUCUUGAUGGUUUCUCUGUGAUCAACUUUCGAUUGCAGCUUUUCUUGUUGGUGAGCCAUAUCAUAAGUUGCAUGGAGUCCAAAGAGAAAAUAGUAGAUUAGCAUUGCCACUGUGCACGCUCCAAAUCUUAUGAAGGCUUCAUACUCCAAAGACCCCAUAAGGAAGACAUUUGUUGCAAUUGACAAAGAUGGAAACCACGGGACAAGUGGAACCCCCCAAACUCUUGGCGCCCUCUGCUGAGUCAAAAACAACGACAUCCCUAGAGUUGCCAAGAACCAAAAAGGAACAGUCACAAUGUAUCCAAACCAACCGUUAGACCUCAGCCCCCAGUAGGCUGAAAUUCCCAUCGAA